AUGGACGCGGACUCGCGGUCGGCUCGUUGGGACGGAAGUCGGCUGUCGUCCUCGUCGUUCACUCGACAAGAAUGGCCUCGACACGCUCCUCCGUCCGGCGACGCCGGCCCCUCCCAUCAAGCAAGCUGGCGCUUCUUCGAUCCCUUCCCCGAGAACGAGUACGUGCAAUCUUUGUCUCUGCGUGAAGCGCAGGAAGAAACCCAACCCCGAUCUCGAACAUACGCCGCUGCUAAUCUAACGUCCGAGCGGCCGUCGACCUUACCAACGCAGCCCGUUCUGGUCAGAGCGUAUUCUGGAAAUGCAGAGGAUGAGCCGCGGAGCAAGCCAUCGCCUAUGUCUCCGCGCCGACUGUUCCCGUUUGCCGGGUCGAGGAGUUCGGCUUCACCCCGUCCAUCGGGGCCGCCGCUCCCGUCGGAUAAAGACUUCAGUAUUGAGAGUAUUCUGCAGGCCAUCGAUCCCGAUAUCCGCGGAACAUUGGACUCAAUCGCCGAGAUCUGUGGGCGCAGUAAAUUAAGUCUUGCCAAUGAGUAUGACAGUCACAUCGCCCCGUUAGGGGAGAUUCGUGCUUCACCGGGAGCUGGCUUGGUGACCGUCGACGAGGCAAGCUCGAGUGACGAACGCCGUGCUGAUGAGGGUGUUAUUGUUUUUGACGACGACCCUAGCAUGAUGGACACGGGACGUGAUAUGCAUCCGUUCUCUUUUUAUCGCUAUCUGGAAAACCUCCGGCAUGCUGCAUCUGCCUUGGAGCGCAAUGGCGGCUCGACCUCGUUGAUGGCUGCACACUCUGCUAUUAUGAAUCGAGAGCCAGUUCCAACUGCUGACGCAGAGAGAAGCAUGCUGCCAACGAUUCGCGAGUUUCCCUCGGGACCCAAGAACUCCAGCCGAGACUUACUGGGAAAGCACAAGCCCUCUGGUCAUGCUGGUCAGAACUCGCGGGAUAUAUCUACUCCAGCCAUGGUCUCAGAAGUCCAUUUUGAUGCACGAGCAGACGAUCAGCAUGCUGCUGCUGCUGCUAUGCCAGGUCCUGCUGUAGAUGGUACCGACUCAGGUACUAGUCCAACCUCGGACGGCUGGAAUACGCCUGAUGUGGUCCAAUCUCUCCUCGGUUGGUUAAGAUGGACCACCCGCAUUGUCGAGCCAGAGUCGCGACCUGCUUUGCAAUCAGCCGAGGGCCGUCUGCGGGCUAUGCUCGGGCAGGCAGCCGAUGAGCACACGUAUAUGCCUGAAGCCUAG